GCUGGCCAAAGUGGCGCGCCUCGGAGAGCUGCCUCCCUGCUUGUUGCGCGCUCCUCGUCUGCUCCGCUUUUGUCCUCGGUUCGGACCCUGCCUUCGCCCCCACAGCCCCUGCGGCGGCUGCAGCCAUGGUGAUCGAGGAAGUGCUGCCCCUGGAGAGCUGCGGCCUGGCGCGGCUGCUGCGGGACCCCCAGGAAAGCGGGCGCACGCUGGUGCUGGACUGCCGGCCCUUCCUGGCCUUCUGCCAGGCGCACUUGGCGGACUCGCGGCCGGUGCACUGGAACGGGCUGCUGCGGCGCCGCUCCCGCGGCAGGAGCGGAGUCAGCCUGGACUGGCUGGUGCCGGACAGGGCGCUGCUGGGCCGGCUGCGCAAGGGCGAGCUGGCCCACCUGGUGGUGCUGGACGAGGCCAGCGGCUCGGUGGCGGCGCUGAGGCCCGACAGCCUGGCCAGGCUGCUGCUCAACGCCUUGCUGCUGGAGGACCGCGCCGGGACCUCGCACAUUUACCUGCUCCAAGGAGGCUUUGUAAGUUUCCAAGCCAAUUUCCCAGAACUGUGCUCUAAGACACCAACACCGCUUACCUCAGGCCCUUCCCCAGCUCUCAGAAGCCCCGAAGACAACACCACAGAGGCAUUCACCCCCUUGUAUGACCAGGGCGGGCCAGUGGAGAUUCUGCCUUUCCUCUACCUCGGCAGCAGUUACCACUCUUCCAACAGGGAGGUUCUGGAGUCCCUGGGGAUCACGGCAGUGCUCAACGUCUCUUCGAGUUGCCCUAAUCACUUCGAAGGGCAGUUCCUCUACAAGAGCAUCCCGGUGGAGGACAACCACAUGGCCGAGAUCAGCGUUUGGUUCCAGGAAGCCAUUAACUUCAUUGACUCCGUGAAGAGCAGCGGUGGGCGCGUGCUUGUCCACUGCCAGGCCGGCAUCUCCCGCUCCGCCACCAUCUGCCUUGCCUACCUGAUCCAGAGCCGCCGGGUGCGCCUGGAGGAGGCCUUCGACUUCGUCAAGCAGCGCCGUGGGGUCAUCUCCCCCAACUUUGGCUUCAUGGGGCAGCUUCUGCAGUUUGAGACCGAGGUGCUGUGCCACUAGCCGGGAGGGCCCCGCCCUGCACCCCAAAGCCAGUCGGGAGGAAGGGCCGGCCACCCUCCUCCUCCUCAGGACAAAGAGACUGAAACGCCGUGUUUCUGUUUACAUCCCCAAGGGGGCGCUGCAACCCAGGACAGUCUGGCUGUUGGUUCUUCUUAUUGCACUGCAUGGCGCUGGAGGGUCCCUCUGGGGAGGGGAUCCCUUCGGCGGCCGGCUCAGACGUCUCCUGCUCACAGCAGGGAAGGGCCCUGCCCUGCCCUUGCGAUGUGUCUCCUUACUACAAGAGCACAGAAGAGAAUAAGCUAGGAAAGAGGUGGGUGGCUGGACAGCAUGUGAAGGAGCUGUCCGGUCGCUCUGCAUCAAUCGUUUUAGGCCAGAUCAUGAUAUUCUUCGGUCACUUUUUCAUGUCGCCUUGGAGGACCAGGGCGUGUGGGUGCUUUGUACCGAUGGGGCAGAAAAUGCCCUCUGAAGCCCCCAAAUCCCCGUGGCUUCUUUUUCUGUGUUGCCUUGAAGGCAGGGGUAGGCAACCUUGUGGCUGGGGAUGAUGGGGAGUUGAAGUUCAUCAGCAGACUGACAGUCAAGGUUGCCUAUCUCUGCCUUAAGGUAACAGUUAAGCUUGUGUUUCCAAUGCCUGACAACCUUGCUGGCUUGUCCGGGGGCGGAAGCUCGCUCAGUGGGGUGGAAGAACAGAUUUUUGUAAUCUAUUGUGGGGUAAGCAAUUAGAUGCUCAGCGGGAUCUAACGUGCCUCGUAACUGCAGCUUCACAUGAACGAGAUGGAAAAAGGCUUCCAGUUCGAGAAAAAGCUCGUCAUUUCUUUAAAAAAUCUGUCACAUCUUCAGCUAAGGAACAUGGAAUGGUAUACAUAAAGUUUCCCCUCCUUUUUGCCUUGCAACGUUGUCCUUGCAAGGUAGGCCAGGCCAAGAAGGGGCACCUGGCACAAGUUGCUCAGGUUGCUUCAUGGCUGAGACCUCAGCGACACGUGAUGUUAGGCGUGUUGUUGGUGCUGGUGUGCUCCUUUUAAAGUAGAAGUGGCAGCUGGGUGGCAAUCUGGAUCGGGACCAUGGCACAUAGCCUCAGUCUGGAUUGGGGCUCCCCGACAGUUCAGUCGCCCUGGCCUGGCCUGGCCUGCAGUCUUCUGGCUUGAAUACUUCCGUUUCCCUGGUUCUCCAUGGGCCAACUGGCUGCUCAGUUGCUGGGCAGGGAUUUGUGGCACAUUUCCUUUGAAGCCUUUCUCUUGCUGCUGAUUGGCAUAAAAGCAGGAGUGAUGCCUCUUAAGACCUAUAGAGGAAAAGAGAAGCUCUCUGGACUGGCUUCAAGAGAAGAGGCUCUCAAAAGCCUCUCUCCUUGACCCAGCUGCAAGUCAGUUGCCUGCAGGCCUGAGUUAAAACAGCGCGGGGAAAUUAGAUUUUGCACCGUGAUCGGUGAUGUCCCAGUUGUCAUCUGAGUGGUAUGUUCUGAUGGGUCUCUGGUCUCCACCCUUACAGAGGUCAGCCAGUGACCAGUGAGCACCCUGUAAUUGAGUGAUUAAUUGUAACUGAGUGAUUUAAGUAUUGUUAACUUAUAUAUGCUGUGAAAAUGGGGGUAGGGGGUGGGUUUGCGGCGGGUUGGCUUUUACUCCAGAAUGGAAAGAUGGGGGAAUUCAUUGCCUUCCCUUUGGGGUCAAACGAGCCUUGGGAGAACCAGCUGCCUCCUGGGAAGCAGGACGGGUCUCCUCUUUCGAAUGCACUGAGAACAGACAACACCCACCACAGCCAAAGAAAAACCCUCUGUCCUUUUCCCUAGGGUAUUGUCUGAGUCCAGGCAGGGCGCAGUCCACUGGGAAGUCGUCCUGUGCAGCUCCUGCUCAUCUCACCGGGGCUUGCACAGGAGAACUUCCUGGCAGACGAGGCCCAGAAUCAUCCUGCACCUCUUCUCCCUCCGCGCCCUGAGCAAUAUACAGUUUGUACGUUUGUGCUGUUGGAAGGAGCUCUUCUCGACUGACACGGAUUUGAAAUGUCUUUUGCACUUUAUAAUUUAUAAAUCUCUUGCAAUAAAUGGACAAUUUUUUUACAAUGCUA